AUGGAUGGCUUGAACGGUCUCCCACAUCCACAUCCGAUUGUUCCUGCACCGUCGAAUUCUGUCUUUGCAAGCUUGCAUCGCAGAGCCCGCACCGCCGGCUCGCCUGGCUCAACCGUCACCAAGACGAUAGAGACCAGAGACACAGCGGCCAAAGAAGCAAAACGGUUUCUCCUCCAGGUCGUUCGUAGCGACUGGGCAUAUCCUCCCUCGGCCGCAGACGCCCCUACUCCAGAAGACACGGCAGAGGAGCAGCGCGAGAUCAUAGGAUGGAGGCACCGGGAGCAGGACAACUCGGGCUCAGAGGCGGACGAAGGGCAGGAAAGCACAGAGGGAGGGGAUCCUGAUCCUCUCGACUCGCCUGAUGCCGUUGCGCGGGGAGCAUCGGACAGGCGCAGGAAACGUCGCAGGAUAGUGGAAGACGAGAUGAAAUGGAACGAAGGCUUAAGCCUCUGGAUGGCUCGACGGGAUGCUUGGACGGGCGCGAAGGCGCCUGAACGGCCUGGUGCCGCUGCCUCGAGUGAUACCAAAGCAGAUCUGGAGGCGUACAGACAGUCUAUAAGCAGCGAAGAGAGCUAUAACGGGAGCUACGAUACAGACCUGGUCGAUACAGAGUCGCAAUAUACCCUCUCCAGGCCUGCGUCCAACGCCUCUACCGCUGCCAAGGUCAAACCGUCGGCUCCGGCAGCAGUUACCGCGCCUACGGAAGACAAGAUUGAGCGUAUAACCGUCUCGUUGGACGAAAGGACUUGCCUGAAUCCUCCUGCCAACGCUAGGGAGGAAGAAGGACAAGUCGAGGAUGAAUACCUCGUACCUGUCAUGGGCCCCUUGGUUCCUGACUCUAACCUGUUGCGCGCAGCUAUCACUCCAAACGUCUACCCAGCCAUAUACACCAGGCUCGUCAUCCAGUCGAACACACCCGCCGUCCCCAUCAACCUUUCCCACAUGACCCGCGCCCUCGUCCAGGGAUGGAAAUCAAAUGGUGAAUGGCCCCCAAAGCCAACUCCGACCAAGGACGUGCCGGUCAUCAAGCGGUGGAAGACACCAGCCACCAAUGACUCAAGUGAGCUGCGAGAUGGCAAGGGGAGGAGGCUGUCAGGGGUCAGCAAUGCAGUAAAGAAGGUCCUUGGAUUAUCAUCCUUCAACCCUGGAAGUAGACUGCAUAUUCGCUCAAACAGCCAUAGCGGUUCGAUAUCCAGGCCGGCGCCGGACGACUCUAUUGGCCCUCCUUGA